AACGAUUUUUCAGGGAAAGGAAAGAUGUCUCCCAGUAAACGAAGUAAAGUUGUCGACGAUGAUGAUAAUGGGGAUGAUGGGGUGGAGGUGCAGAGUGAUCAAAAGAAGAGAGUUGUAAGAAACAAACUCCGGGAUAUUUAUGAGAAAAUCGAGGAAUGCCAAGCGAAAGAUCAAGUAGACCCCGAGGAGCUGAACUCCAUAAUGCAGGAGGCUCAAGGGGUUAUCCAGGAGGUUCAAGGAACUCAGGAGGCUAUAGAGGACGCAAAAAUGUUCACAUCACUGAUCAAGCUUCUCGCUAAAUACAGUCGGGACACGUCGGCCAAUGAGAGAAAGUUUGUGGUCGCAGACUACAGCGCAAACAUUGCUCGUUUGCUCAGUGCUAAUUCUUCAGGGGAUCAUUUCAAGUUGAGUCGGAGCAAUGUGGUGAGCCUGGGGGAACAAGUAUCUUCUAUCUUUAACCGUGCUCCAACUUUAAAGUUUGUGCUCGGUGCGCUUAACACAGAGAUUGGUGAGGUGAAGGAGAGGCGUAAGGCGGUUGUUCGGCCGCGGGAUAAAGUUUAUGCAGCCACUAAAACCGCCAUUGUCGAUAAAUCUCAGGCGUCGGAAGCGAAAACCGACAAAUAUGUUAGGAUGACUAAAAAAUGUUUGGACGAGCUGUAUUUGAAAAACAAGAAAACCCCGGUCUGCUAUUUUUCUUUUGUUAUUGACCCGGACCAUUUUGGGAAAACAGUUGAAAACAUGUUUCACGUCAGUUUUCUUGUAAAACAACGACAGACUGUAUUAUCAAUCGGGGAAAAUGGCCUCCCUGUUCUAGAACCCAUCAUAGGCAGGAAGGAGGAGGAGGAAGAGAGUGAUGUUGGAACGGACCAAGCUGUGAUCAGUAUCUCCUACACAGACUGGGUUGAGCUCAAGAACAAUCUCAAAAUCAAGAAGAAAACUAUUAAUUUAGAAUUAUGAAUCUUUUAGAAACUUUUCAGA